AUGUACCUGGUAAAGAGAUCAAUACUACGGAACGGGUUGAAAUGCAGGUGGCAACAACAUCAACAACAGCAGCAGCACCAGCAGCAGCAGAUUUGCGGGUUGAAGUUUAGUGCAACUGCGACAUCUGCAGCAGCAGCAGCAGCAGCUUCAGUAAUACAACCACCAUCCAUCACGCCAUUACACCAGCAAUUUUUGAACCCAUUAAGGGACAGCAAGGUGGAUACCGAGAAAGUGCGAUCGACGCUAAGAAACCAUCGGAUUGCCACUACAUCUUUCCAAAAUUUGAAUCCCCAACUUUAUAGAUUACCCGAGAAUGAGAAAGGAGAGAGUGAUUUUUUCACUUCGACCAAGGAUGAUAUCCACAGACACCCUUUCCAAAGAGAAACAGAUUAUUUAAAGGGGAUGUUAGUGUCAUUUUCAAAUGAACAGUUUUAUGAACAAUCUUUCCGGAUUCUAAAGUCAUUGGCAAAAUUGGUUAAUGCAGAGGAACUUACCCAAAUAGCCAACAGCUCUUUGCAACUGAUUGCGAAUGAAUCAUCUGUGACAUUUGAAAAAUUGGAGAAAAUUGCCAAGGAUAUGCAAAAGCAAUGUGACUUCAAGCCAGACCAAAGAACGCAAGCCGUGUUUCUUGGAAAAUUACUAGCUGAGAACAAAAAUCCAGAUAAAUUUUUGAAUAAAUUGGAUGAGUCAAAAUCGAUCAGAUCCGUUUUGGAGAACUCAGACGUUAUUGGUGCCGACAAUAUGUACAAGGUUUUUGACUCUGAAGUUAUCAAUCAAUCAUGUGUGCCUCAAGAGCUUGUUGAGGUUUACAAGCAAUACAAACUACAGAAGGAGAGUGGCAGUGUUGCCGAGGACACUGUUAAGUUGCAAUCAAAGGAGUCGAUUGAUAUGUUGAAGAAACGCAAUGUUGCAGAGUUGGAUGCUGUUGACUCAUUUGGAAUGCAAGUUGUUAGACACUCUUUACUAGGAUUAGAUCCGGACCCUAGUGCAGCAUUACUCUUUGCCAAGGAGGUUGAAAAGAUUGUUGAGGAUUUGGAUGAGGAUGUGAAAAGCGAGAUUAAUUCGGGUAAACUUGAUUACUACGAAAUUUACAACAAGUUGGAGACAGCUGAACAGAAAAAACAAUUCAAUAGGGCACUUGACGAGUUCAAUCAUGACAGACAGAGACAAAUUGAGGUUAGAGGAAUGGAAGGUGCGAGAGAAAAAUGGAAGCACGACUUUGAAGAGGCUACCAAGCGUGGGGACUUGAACAUGAGCAAAGGUCUUAACGCAAAAUGUUACGAAUGGUUUCAAGAGUUGAUGCCUUUGAUUAAACGUGAACAAGACUUGUGUCGUGAUUUGAUCAAUGGUGACAAGAGUGCAAAACAAGGUUCAACCGAAGAUGCCAGAGAGCGUGCAUUAUACGCACCCUAUUUGAUUCAAGUUCCAGCCGAGAGAGCAGCAGUUAUUACUAUUUUGGACGUUUUAAGGCAACACGCAGCCAAUACUUCAAACAAAGGGAUGAGGAUAAGUCAAACAAUGGCUGGAGUUGGAAAGAGUUUUGAAGCAGAGAGUAAAGUGUCUAAAUUGGCCAAGAAGGAUGCGAAAUUAUUUGCGAGUAAGAAGUUUGCCGGCUCAACACAAUUGCAGAGAGUGAUUAGAAAAUCUUUGGAAAAACAGGAUGACAAAGGUUUGGUUUGGGAUCCGCUGAUACGUUCCAAGAUAGGAGGUGUUCUUCUUUCUUUCCUUAUGUCAUCCGCCAAGGUAAAAGUUACUCGCGAUGUUGACGGAAAGAAAGAAAGCGCAAUUCAUCCUGCCUUCUUCCAUUCGGUGACCGUGAAUUCAGGAAGCAAGUCUGGUAUGUUCAAUAUUCAUUCUGAAGUAAGAAAAGUUUUGAGUGGUAAUCAAUUCUCAGAUACUAUUAUGCCUCAAUCUAUGCCUAUGUUGGUUGAGCCUAAGCCAUGGAGCUCCUACUAUGGAGGUGGGUCAUUGUACUCUGAGGAAAGUUUGAUCAGAUUAAAAGAGUCACCGGAAACUUCAGCAUAUGUCAAAGCCGCAGCAAAGAGGGGAAAUUUGACCGAAGUGUUUGAUGGUUUGAAUGUAUUGGGAUCUACUCCUUGGACCAUGAAUAGAAAAAUUUUUGAUGUUGUAUCACAUUACUGGAAUACUGGCGAAGAAUAUCUUACAAUCCCACCGGUUUCAGACCAAGCAAACUUACCUGCGAGACCAGAAACCAUGGACCCAAGACAGAUAUUUGAGUAUGAUAAAGCUUUCAACAAGGCAGCAAGAGAGUUUGCUUCAAAUAGAUCAAGGAGGUGUGAUUACAACUACAAGUUGGAGAUUGCACGUGCAUAUUUGGGUGAAAAACUUUACUUUCCAUGUAAUCUUGAUUUUAGAGGAAGAGCGUAUCCAAUUACACCUUUCCUUAACCACUUGGGAGGUGAUAUAACAAGAUCAUUAUUUUUAUUUUGGGAUGGUAAGGAAUUAGGAAAAAGAGGCUUGGAGUGGUUGAAAGUUCAACUUGCCAAUGUUUACGGUAUUGAUAAGGCACCACUUUCGGAAAGAAUUCAAUUUGUUGAAGAGAGAUUAGAGGAUGCAAUCAAAUCUGCCGAGGACCCAUAUAACAACAAAUGGUGGACCAAAGCUGAGAAGCCAUGGCAGGCAUUAAGUGUUUGCUUUGAGCUUGCAGAGGCCUACAAGUUGGAAGAUCCCACAAAAUUUGUCUCGCAUUUACCAGUGCAUCAGGAUGGUACAUGUAAUGGUCUUCAACAUUAUGCUGCAUUGGGUGGUGACGUUGAAGGUGCUACACAAGUCAAUAUGAUGCCACGAGAUAGGCCGCAAGAUGUUUACACUUUUGUUGCCAACUUGGUUGAAGAGAGGUUACGCGUAGCAGCAGCAGAGGGAAAUGAGCAUGCCAAGUUUUUGCAAGGUAAGAUUAAGCGUAAAGUUGUUAAGCAAACAGUGAUGACCAACGUUUAUGGUGUGACAUACGUUGGUGCAUUACAACAAAUUAAGAAGCAAAUCUUGCAAUACUUUGAUGAAGGAGAGGAUGUUGCACCAAAACUUAAUUACUUGACUGUGCUUGUGUUUGCUUCCAUUAGAGAGCUUUUUGAAAAUGCCCAUUUAAUUCAAGAUUGGUUGGCUGAGGCUGCUCGUAGAAUCAGUCGAUCAGUAUCAAUCGACUACAGUGACGACAACACUAAUGGAAGAGAAAUUCACUCCUCAUCGGUUAUUUGGACGUCACCAUUGGGUUUGCCAUGUGUACAACCAUAUAGACACAAGAAGCUGAUUGCAGUCAAGACACUUGUCCAAGAUAUUUCUGUAACAACUCCUACAGGUGUCACUAGUGUCGACUCGAGGAAGCAAGUUGCCGGGUUUCCACCAAACUUUAUCCAUUCGUUGGAUGCAUCGCACAUGUUGAUGACUGCGAGCGCUUGUGGUAGACAUGGUCUUCAUUUUGCAUCUGUUCAUGACUCAUUCUGGACCCAUGCAUCGGAUGUCGACACUAUGAACACUCUUUUGAGACAAGAAUUUGUCAAGUUACAUUCUAGAAACUUAGUUGAAGAGUUAAAAGACGAGUUUAUGGAGAGAUACCAAAAUACAUAUUACUUUGUUGAUAUUCCGACAAAUACUGAAGCUGCACACAAAAUCAGAACCCUUAGGAAACAAUGGGCGCUUGAAUUGAAGAGGGCAGUGAAGAUAUCAGACGAGCUUUAUAUGGAACGUAAGAGAUUAGAGUUGCUCAACUCUAGUAAUCCAGAUGAGGUCAAGGCAGGCGAGGAAAUGGUAACGACGAUAUCAUUGGCCAACGAAUAUGACGUGGAAAGUAUGAGGGCACCGAAAAAAGGACACAACACCACGCCUGUGUUGAGUCCUUUGAAAUUCCCCGAUGUACCAAAGAAAGGUGAUUACAAUGUUGCCAGUGUCGAGGACUCCCUUUACUUCUUUUCCUAA